AUGGGUUCCCCUUUCACGGACGAGGAGAAUCGGUUCCUCCUGGCUGAGAUGAUCAAGGCCAACAGACUGGACAACGAAAUCAUAAAGAAAUUCAUCAAGGCUAAUGGGAUCGACCCCAACUGGAUGCAGAUGCAACUGCCCCUGGGCCGAAACAUGAAUCAAUGUCUCCAAGCAGCGGAGCACAUGGGCUUUGAGCGGCGCGCUUGGCCGAAACGUAAGAUGUCGGAUGACCAGAGCGAGCCAGCCGCCAAAAGAAUCGCCUUGCCAGGAGGCCUAGAACAACAGGUGAUGGUAGCGGUUGCACCCUCGACCACGUCCACCCACGUUGCCAUCCUCCCUCGCCCAGCCAGCAGCUCCGCCGAGAUCCCCUCGAUCAUAGCUCCUCCUGUGGUCCCUUCCACAGCUCCGAAGAAGAAGGGUCGACCAGCUCGUGCGGAUAAGGCUAGGUUUCGUCCUAUCCUCCCACAACACAUCGCGCCCCGUCCCGUCGAACAGAGACAGCAUAGUCCGCAUAGCCCGCAUAGCCAGCACAACCAAAAUAGCCAGCAGAACCAAACCCCAGCUGCACCGCGAACGAUACUUCCAUCGGGCCCUCCCACUCAGGAUUCGACAACGAACCCCCCGACCGGCAACUACAGCACAUUCUAUGCUGGACCAGCAGCGGGCGGGAGAAGUUUGCUGAGAGGAGGAACCCCAAUAGAUGAGACGGCUCACCCGCGGGUGAUGGCUGAACCAGCAUUCGAGCAUUUCGAAGUUUCACGUCCCAUGGCUCUACCUGGUCCAAUCCCAAUGGAACCCGAGCCUAGAGCUAGCAGCUCUCUGUCGGGAGGACCCCCCGAAGAGCUCACAAGACUUCCACCCCUCCUCGAAGUUGACAGCAAAGCCGGCCUGAUGGGUGCUUCACGCGUGGAGACGCAGGCUCCAGUCGUCAAUUCAGCCUAG